AUGGCUUCUACUUCUGGCAACAAGAAGCCUAAAGGGCCUGAGAAGACUUACCUUCCAGACUCCGACUCCGAUGAUGAAGCAUUUGACUUUAGCUUCUUGGAUUUUUCUAAAGAAACUUUCAAAAUCCCCUCAAAACUAUGUGAUGACCAUUUCCUUAACUUAUUGUGUGAUGAAAACAUUUUAAGGAGGAGUAUUGAUGGAAUGGCGGAUAAUAGAGACAAUCAUGGUGGCCAACAAAAUGAGCAUGCCUAA